GUUUUAUUUUUGUUAUUUUUAUUUUCGUUUAUUUCUCUCUCUUAGGGAGAAAAAAAAAAUCUGUUCAUUCAUAUCAAUGGCGAUGAGGAAGCUUUUGACGAAGUUCAACAUCUCGAACGUUGCAUCACAGAGUCUAAUGAACUGCCGCAUCUCGUCUUCUUCGUUAUCCGUACGAACGAGAAUCCCGAAGGAAUCCGGAGAAGCCACCAGAAUUUCCCCGGAGCCCGGAGAUUCCCGGAGGUUUCUCCACAACACGGCCAUGAUUCGGCCGGAGAUAAUGCAGAUGCCGAUCGGGGAGAGUCUGAUCGAGAAGCUCAGAGAGAUCGACGGCAGCAAGGACAGGAUCCGAUUAGACGGUAUCGCUCCGCCGAGGGAGAUGACGGAGACGGAGACGGGGGGUUUGACGGUGGAGGAUACGAAGAAGCUUCUCAGAGCUGCGCAGAUCGAGAUCGUGAAGACGAAGCUCAGAGAGACGGGGAAGAGCUGGAUGACGUAUAAGGAGUUUGUUGGCGUUUGUUGUGAAGCUUCUUCGGAUCUUGACGGGGCUAGAGUCGCGAGGAUGCUUGAUGAUUCGGCGAACGUCAUCGUUUUGGGGGAUUCUGUAUGCAUACGGCCAGAUCAGGUUACAAAAUCCAUUGAGGGCUUGCUUCCUUUACCAAAGAUUCAUAACCCAAAUGACCCACGGAGGAUCGAGUUGAAAGAGCUCGAAGCUGUGAAAGCUGUGAUUGAUGUGAAGGCGCACUCUUUGGUGCGGAGAGAGCUCUGGGCUGGUCUCGGUUACUUGAUCCUGCAGACCGCGGGGUUCAUGAGGCUAACGUUUUGGGAACUCUCGUGGGAUGUGAUGGAGCCAAUCUGUUUUUAUGUCACUUCCAUAUACUUUAUGGCUGGGUAUGGUUUCUUUCUCAGGACUUCGAAAGAGCCUUCUUUUGAAGGGUUUUACCAAAGCAGGUUUGAGGCGAAACAGAAGAAGCUAAUGAAUGUUCAUGAGUUUGAUGUUGAGAGGUAUGAUGAGUUGAAGAAGCUGUUUUGCUCUAAGGCUUCAGAUCGUGUUUCCAGGAUUCUUGGAACUAUCCAGAGGUAGUUUAUUGAUUAGACGAGUCAAAUGUUGUUGUGUCUGAUUUUUUCCUAACUAGAGAUUUCUACCCAAAAAAAAAGAGAAAAGAAUAGGUAGAUGGAAGUUCUCAUGUUUUCAGUUUUCCAAAGAAAAGAAUGGUUCGAACUAUUGCGGCUUUGUGUAACAUCCGGGAAGAGUUGUGUUCUUCGUUUUCAAGGUUUUCCAUCUAUGAGAUUCAUCUUAAAUGUAACCAUCAUGUAAAUAUAAAAUAUGUAACUGUUUGAAAUGUAAUACAAGUUAAGUUGAAGUUAUUUUUUUCU